GAGAGAGAGAGAAUCAGAAUGGGGAACAGAGAAACUUGCUAACUAACAGAAUUUUCCGAGCAAGGUAUUUCUCUCCCUUUUACAAGUUAGCAGUUACUGAAUAAUUCAUGACAGCAUGGAAAGGCUGUCUUCCCCUGGUGAUGGAUAACUAAGCAGGAGAGCGCUCCAAGUGGGUUUGCCACAUCAGUCAGCGCUCUUGCUUCUGAGCACAGGGUGCGCUCCUCUCCAGCUCAGCUUCUCUUGCAGCCAGGCAUCCCUGCUGCUGCUGCCUGCCCACCCGCCUGGGCUUGUAGCCUACCACUUUACUUUCUCCAGUUCUGCUGCCAGCUGAGGAGACUUCCCACAGCUGCUGGCUCCUGCCUGGGACCAUGUGUGUGGAUGCCGCUUGGGAGAAGCAAGGCACUUGCUCCUGGCGUGGAUCCCAGCUCAGCUUCUCCUGUUGACUUCUGGACCACAGAUGCUGAGGAGGGACUUCCUGGCAUCUCUCCCUCUGCCAUCACCAGUUUAAGGACUGGACCCAAAUCAAGGCAAGUGUCAGGAUGGGCCACGCUGCAAGACGCCAACGCUAGGGCGCGAGGUGUGAAGAGUUGUCCAGAAUGACCAACUCCUCCUCCACUUCCACCUCCUCCACCACCGGGGGAUCGCUGCUGCUGCUCUGCGAGGAAGAAGAGUCGUGGGCCGGCCGGCGGAUCCCGGUGUCUCUCCUGUAUUCGGGGCUGGCCAUCGGGGGCACGCUGGCCAACGGCAUGGUCAUCUAUCUCGUAUCGUCCUUCCGAAAGCUGCAGACCACUAGCAACGCCUUCAUCGUGAACGGCUGCGCCGCGGAUCUCAGUGUCUGCGCUCUCUGGAUGCCACAGGAGGCGGUGCUGGGGCUCCUGCCCGCGGGCUCCGCGGAGCCCCCGGGGGACUGGGACGGUGGCGGGGGCAGCUACCGCCUGCUCCGGGGCGGGCUGCUGGGCCUCGGGCUCACCGUGUCCCUCCUGUCCCACUGCCUCGUGGCGCUGAACCGCUACCUGCUCAUCACCAGGGCGCCCGCCACCUACCAGGUUCUGUACCAGCGGCGCCACACGGUGGGCAUGCUGGCGCUGUCCUGGGCCCUGGCCUUGGGUCUGGUGCUUUUGCUCCCGCCCUGGGCGCCCAAGCCGGGAGCCGAGCCUCCGCAAGUCCACUACCCCGCGCUCCUGGCGGCCGGAGCGCUGCUGGCACAGACGGCGCUGCUGCUGCACUGCUAUCUGGGCAUCGUGCGCCGCGUGCGCGUCAGCGUCAAGCGGGUCAGCGUGCUCAACUUCCACCUGCUGCACCAGCUGCCCGGCUGUGCCGCCGCCGCCGCCGCCUUUCCCGCCGCCCCACAUGCUCCGGGUCCCACAGGCACCGGGAACCCCGCCCAGCCCCAGCCCCUGCCGGCCGCCCUGCAGCCGCGUCGCAUGCAGCGACGUCUCAGCGGCUUGUCGGUGCUGUUGCUUUGCUGCGUCUUCUUGCUGGCCACGCAGCCGCUGGUGUGGGUGAGCCUGGCCAGUGGCUUCUCGCUGCCGGUGCCCUGGGGCGUGCAGGCGGCCAGCUGGCUCCUGUGCUGCGCCCUGUCGGCGCUCAACCCUCUGCUCUACACGUGGAGGAACGAGGAGUUCCGCAGAUCCGUGCGAUCAGUCCUGCCCGGCGUCGGGGACGCGGCUGCAGCAGCAGCGGCCGCCACCGCGGUGCCAGCCAUGUCCCAGGCGCAGCUGGGUACCCGGGCAGCUGGCCAGCACUGGUAACUCACCUGGCCCAGGGAGGCUUCCUAUGCCAUCUGCCGCAUCACCUCCUCUCUUUGUAAGCUAUCCCCAACCCCAGAGAAGAUCCCCGAGGGGAAGAUUUUGCCUUCCUUUCCCAGUGCAAUACCUGAACCAAGGUCUUCCCCUAAAUGGAGUCCCAAAGUAAUUGUGCGCGACCGCCAGACUUUUAUCCUUUGUUUUUGUGUUUUAGAGACACCCUUACGUCCAGACACCCAGACUACAAAGACUUACAAACUGGCAUUUAAAGUGCCGGUUAAUUUAUUUCAAGUUUGCUUUUGAAACAGAGCUUUCAUAAUAUACAACCCUUCCAACCUCCAUUGUCUUAUAUAUGAAGCGCCUUGAGUGUAUGAGUGUGCGUGGGUCAAAGGGAAUAUUGUGGAAGAAGAAACAGUGUGUGUAGACAGUAUUUUAAUCACGCCUCCUUCUGUUAUAGUUCAGUCUUUGUAUAUUGACCUGGAAGAGUGAAACCACAGGUGUGCACACCGGUGUGAGCUGCCAUUGAGACCUCAAGCCCUGUAUUUUCAAAAGGGUCGCUAUUGAGUCGUUUUUUAAAAAUGAGAUUAGACUGUCAGCCAGUAAGGAAACAAAUCAAAUUUAGCAUUUUAUUUUCCUCUUAACUCACUUCUAAGGUGGAAAACUAGCCUUGGGUAUUGUAUCGAAAAAUUUCAAGUUUGUUAAUGGAUGGUCUGAAACCAGAAAUGGAAUUUUGGAGACAAAAAGGGGGGGUUAUCUAUUUUAGGUACCAGUUUCACAUUUUCUAAAGCAUGCACACAUCCUGCUAACCACAUUUGUAACCAAUUUAUUCGCCUCUGAGUGUGAUCGCAGCUUCGAACAUUCUGUACUAUAAUGGUUGCUAAGGAGAAUGAAUACUGUUUUCUCUUUAAGAUAUCUCAAUGCACAUGAUAUAAUUAAACACUAAUACCAUAACUGCAUAGCUAAUGUUAGCUGCUAUUGCAUGCUCCUAGAUGUUAGAACGUAUUGGGAGAUAGCCAUUAGACAAAGACAUUUUAUUUCUUCCAGACAUCAGAAGGGAUGGCCUUUAAUCAUUUGGAAAGAGGCACAGAUACACCUGUGGCUGCUUAGAGUUCUUGUCUUGACCUGAUUUAUAAGAAAAUUCCCACUUGGGACUUUAGCUCCCAAGUGAAACCAAUGGUCAAGAUGAUACACUAAUACAGAUUCGCUCUGCAAAGCUAAGUGUGCUUUUAGGGGUGAAACAAGCCACACCCUAGGAAGUAUCACUGUUUUAUGUUGUUCAUCUAUAUUACCAUGACAUUUAAUAUCAACAUCAUGUCUUUUGAAGACGGAAUAGUACGCUCGGUUGUGUGUCAAAGUCACCGUCCAAAGGGGACUCCAUUUUCAAAUCUCUCAGUCGAGUUUUGCCAUCUUCAUCUUUGACUUCCUAAAUGUUUUAAGAUACAUUUUCAGUGUGCAGAGUCAUGUGAAGUCAUCUCAUGAAAUUAAACGGGGGAAAAGUAAUAAGAGGCGCAGGGCAGUCUGUUAGCCACAUAAAGUCCUGAGCCAAACAGCCUCAAUGAACUUCGUAAUUCGGGAGUAAAGACGGCUUACUUUGUUGCAUUCUUGGACCAAGGAUGGUAAGAACACUUGUAUAUUUGCAUAAUUAUGGGAGACCCAGGGAAUGGACAAUUUUAGAGUAAAACAAAAUAAAAUAAACAUGUUUGUCACUAACAAUACAUCAUCAGUCAUGUUAUUAACCACACACUGCAUGAGCCAUUUUUCUCUUACGAAGUUUUCAUCUCUUCCCGGAUUCCUGGAUUCAGAUAUUUAAUUAAACUUUAGAUAAUGCUU